AUGGCCGUCUCUACGCUAACCCAGCAUGGCUACGACCCGGACGCGAUGUCCUGGACGACGGUUCCGACGACUGAGGAGCCCAAUUCUGCGUUUUCUUCGAAUAUUCGAAGCCAAGCUCUCCUCAACGCGGCCGCUCGCCGCUUGCAAGAGAAAGCCAAGAUGAUGGCGCCUGCCGCCGCCCCGGCGUCCGGCAACCCAGCGGGCAAGACGCAGCCUCCUGCCUCGCACGCUGCAGGAAGCAAGGGCAAGGUCUUCACGAAGCGGAAGCCUCGCCCGCUACUAAAACCGAACCCGGAUGACUACGUGAUCGUUGUAAAGCCACGUGAGCAUAUUUCCUUGCACGAAGCCUUCUUCGAGAAUCGCUACGGGACCGCUCUCACGGCUUACCUCGGGUCCGAGCGGGCAGAGACCGCAUCGAUUCUCCCUUCGAGAGAACAAAAUUUGAUUGUGAUCCAUACCCCGGACCUCGAGACGGCGGACCGAGUGAUAGGGGAUUUUUCCGUCAACACCGAACGCGGAGCGAUCCCGCUCCACGGAUACCUACGGCAAGAUGGCGGAAACGUUUGCCACGGUGUCAUCGUGGUGUGCAACUCGGACACGACGGAGACACUUCAGCAAAAGGUGCGUUGGAGAGCAGGCAUCAUUGUUGAAGUGAGAAAAUUUGGCACAUCGAACAAAGCGCGUGUUACCUUCGCCGGAAAGGACAAACCGCGUUUUGUUCACUAUGACAACAUGGUGGUACCCGUCCAACCCUACUACCGUACAAUCCCGGCCUGCGGCAAGUGCGGUACUGUCGGCCAUAGGAUGGACGCAUGCCCAAACCUGAGACUGGACACUUGCGGUCUGUGCGGGCAAGAGAUUCCACUCGUGGAGGGGGUGCGGGCCCCUCACGAAUGCGUGCCCAAGUGUUCAGUGUGCGGUGGUGGACACGUCACGAACUCCCGCGAAUGCACUGCAAAGUUCCGGAACUCCAAGAUAGCCGCCCAAAAGGGCGGAAAGGAGGGCUUCAAGGAGGCCAGUGGUGCCUAA